GUAGAUGGCGUGGUGCAGACUUACACUUAUAUAAGCUGCUGUGGGCCACGUUUACGGUCUCUUUCAACUCCCAACCAUCGUGCAAGUAUUUGUAAGUUCAGUCUCGUGUCCCGAAAAAAAGUCGCAUCAUGAGCAAACCAGCGUACAAAGUUGCUGACAUCUCUUUGGCCGAUUUCGGUCGCAAAGAAAUCAUCUUGGCUGAAAAUGAAAUGCCAGGUUUGAUGGCAAUUCGCAAAAAGUACGGUCCAACAAAGCCGCUAAAAGAUGCGCGUAUCGCGGGUUGCCUACACAUGACUGUUCAGACUGCUGUUCUCAUUGAAACCCUCAUUGAACUUGGUGCUAAGGUUACAUGGUCAAGCUGUAAUAUCUUCAGUACACAAGACCAUGCUGCUGCUGCAAUGGCUGCAGCUGGGAUCCCUGUCUAUGCCUGGAAAGGUGAGACUGAUGAGGAAUACAUCUGGUGUGUAGAACAGACUAUCUUUUUCCCUGAUGGACAGCCACUGAACAUGAUCCUUGAUGAUGGUGGGGAUUUGACAAAUUUGGUGCACGACAAAUAUCCUGAACUGUUGGAGGGCAUCAAGGGCAUCUCUGAAGAAACUACAACUGGAGUUCUCAACCUGUACAAGAGGGUCAAAAAUGGUACACUGAAAGUACCUACAUUCAAUGUCAAUGAUUCAGUUACCAAGAGCAAAUUCGAUAACUUGUAUGGAUGCCGCGAGUCUCUUACUGACGGUAUCAAGAGGGCCACAGAUGUUAUGAUCGCCGGAAAGACCUGCGUCGUUGCCGGAUACGGUGACGUCGGCAAAGGCUCUGCUCAAUCACUGAGGGCGUUCGGCGCUCGAGUGCUCAUUACGGAGGUGGAUCCAAUCAACGCCCUUCAAGCAUCCAUGGAAGGUUACGAAGUUGUAACAAUGGAUGAAGCUGCUUCUAAGGCUCAAAUCUUUGUCACUGCCACCGGAUGCAAGGGCAUCAUCCGCGCACAUCACUUCAACGCCAUGCGAGACGAUGCCAUAGUCUGUAACAUUGGACACUUUGACUGCGAAAUCGAUGUAAAAUGGCUCGAGGCCAACGCUGUGGAAAAGAUCACCGUCAAGCCACAGGUUGAUCGUUACCGUAUGGCCAAUGGCAACCAUAUCAUUCUUUUGGCGGAGGGAAGGCUGGUUAACCUUGGCUGCGCCAUGGGACAUCCUUCUUUUGUUAUGAGUUGUUCCUUCUCCAAUCAGGUGUUAGCUCAGAUUGAAUUGUGGACCAAGCCUGGCCAAUACCCCAUUGGGGUGCACAUUCUUCCCAAGAAGUUGGACGAAGAAGUCGCCGCUCUGCAUUUGGAGAAACUUGGUGUCAAACUUACUGUCUUAGAGGAAGACCAGGCCGGCUACUUGGGCAUUCAUCACGAGGGUCCUUACAAGCCGGAACACUACCGAUAUUAAAGCAAAUUAAAACGUUGUUUUAAUUAAACGAUUUGUUUUUCUGUUAAUUUUUACGGUUCUUAGCUCGAUCUGUUCCGUAUAUUACCGCGCAUCAAAUAUAAAAACCAGUUUCUUUCGA